AUGCUCAGAUCAGUCUCUUUACGUCCUGUCACUCGUAUAGGAAGAACUAGCUUCACUGCUAUUCGUACUCUAGCAGAUGCUGCUGCCAAAAAACAUGAUGUUGUUGUUAUCGGUGGUGGUCCAGGUGGUUACGUUGCUGCCAUCAAAGCUGCUCAACUUGGAUUUGAUACCGCAUGUAUCGAAAAAAGAGGUAGAUUAGGUGGUACAUGUUUAAACGUUGGUUGUAUUCCAUCAAAAGCUUUAUUAAAUAACUCACAUCUAUACCAUCAAAUCAAAACCGAUACCGCUAAAAGAGGUAUUGAUGUUGGUGAUGUCAAAUUAAACAUGGCAAAUUUCCAAAAAGCUAAAGAUACCGCAGUUACUCAAUUGACUUCAGGUAUUGAAGGUUUAUUCAAAAAGAACGGUGUCAAAUACUACAAAGGUGCUGGUUCUUUUGUUGAUGAACACACCGUUAAAGUCGCCGCCAUCGAAGGUGGUGAAGAUGCUACUGUUCAAGCUGAUAACAUUAUCAUCGCUACCGGUUCAGAAGUUACUCCAUUCCCAGGUAUCACCAUUGAUGAAGAAAGAAUCGUUUCAUCUACUGGUGCUUUAGCCUUGAAAGAAGUCCCAAAGAAAUUAGCCAUUAUCGGUGGUGGUAUCAUUGGUUUAGAAAUGGGUUCAGUUUACUCAAGAUUAGGUUCAGAAGUUACUGUUAUUGAAUUCCAAGAUGCUAUUGGUGCUUCUAUGGAUGGUGAAGUUGCUAAAGCUACUCAAAAAUUCUUACAAAAACAAGGUUUGAAAUUCAAACUAGGCACCAAAGUGUUGAGUGCAUCAAGAGAUGGUGAAACUGUUAAUAUUGAAGUUGAAAACGUUAAAAAGGGUGCUAAAGAACAAUUAGAUGCUGAUGUUUUACUAGUUGCUGUUGGUAGAAGACCAUACAUUGAAGGAUUAAACGCUGAAGUUUUAGAUUUGGAAGUUGACAAGAGAGGUCGUCUAGUUAUUGAUUCACAAUUCAGAUCAAAACAUCCACACAUUAGAGUCAUUGGUGAUGUUACAUUCGGUCCUAUGUUGGCACACAAAGCUGAAGAAGAAGGUAUUGCUGCCGUUGAAUAUAUUAAAGAAGGUCAUGGUCAUGUUAAUUAUGGUAACAUCCCAUCAGUUAUGUACUCUCAUCCAGAAGUUGCUUGGGUUGGUCAAACUGAAGAACAAUUAAAAGAAGCUGGUAUUAGCUACAAAAUUGGUAAAUUCCCAUUCUUAGCCAACUCAAGAGCUAAAACAAACUUGGACAGUGAAGGUUUUGUUAAAUUCUUGGCUGAUGCUGAAACUGAAAGAGUUUUAGGUGUUCAUAUCAUUGGUCCAAAUGCUGGUGAAAUGAUUGCCGAAGCUGGUUUAGCCUUAGAAUACGGUGCUUCAACUGAAGAUAUCGCAAGAACUUGUCAUGCCCACCCAACUUUAUCUGAAGCUUUCAAAGAAGCUGCUUUAGCUACUUUUGGUAAACCAAUCAACUUUUAA